CCAAGUGUUCCAGCUCUCUGUCGAUUGGUGUUUUAUUCUAAAGGCAGGGUGAUGAGCUCAUCUGCAGCCAAUCGGAGCAGCUGUGGGGUUCCACUCUACAGCUUGCACCUGAGAGGCUGGGAGCUGGCGGAGGAAAGUGGGUAGCAGCGUGAUGGAGACAAGGUGGUCCCUACACCUCCAGGGACCAGGCUCAUGACUCUAACAGGUACUGUCCUUUCUGGGGCAUGGGGUUUGCCAGCUCCUGGCCAUCUCUUCCCAUCCUGGCUGCUCCCACAGCUGCAUCAGCCCAUGACAGGAUGCAGAGCCCCUUUCCUGGUCCCUUGAGAUCAGAUACCAGGGCAAUUCACCUGAAGCAGUGGGGCUUCCCUCCGCAUCUCCUUCCCCUUGUGCUGCCAGGGAUGGGCUUGCUGCCACGUAGUGGGGCCCCUUCUUCCAUUUCGGUGCUGGCAUCUCUCUAGCAGCGCCUUUGUCAUGGCAGGAGAUGGUGCCACCUGAAUGAGCACCCUUCUGGCAGCACUUUGCUCAGAGCAGCUGGGGUCCAGCAGAGCCAGUCAGCAUCAAGCCCUGCAUGCUGUAACACUGCGUAUCUGCGAAUGAUGCUGGAGUCCUGCGAGUGCUCCUGACAAAGGGAAAUGGGGAGGCCGCUUAUUACUGAAUGACCUCUGCAGCUGGAGUGAGUGUCUGUUGUCUGCAGGAUUGAUCUGCAUCUCAGCCCCUGCAGCCACAAUGGAAUCCAUGUGACAGCCCCUUGUGCCCUGAUCUCAGAGCUCUGCAUCGAUCCUUCACUCCAUCUCUGCUGGAUAGAUGGUUGACCCUGAGCCUGAGUGCAGAGGCCCUGCAGCUAGAACCCAGCCUGUUAGUUCUUGUGCUGCCCUGCAGUUUGCAUCUCUUGUUCCACUUCCUGCUUGGUUGGUGGUUGCAUGGCCAGUGAUGAAAGGCCAGAGCAGAUUUUCACUUCUGCUUCCAGGAGAACAUGGGGCCUUAGCCACAGCUCUGCAUGAGUUUUUCAGUCCUGGCCCCUCUACAGGUCUGUUAAAGCUGAGGGCUUUACUCCUGACUCAUCUUGGCUGGUGCAUCUAUGCCCAAACCCUCAUCUGCAGCCCCCUCCCUGCUCCUCAGUCCCCCGCCUUCUGUCCUCCCCAGCUCUGCCACAGCCCUUGCACCAUCUCAUUCCCCAGCCUAGGGUUGCAGGGCCAGAUUUUCCUUCUCCUUUGUCUCUCUUCUUUCUGUUGCAGGACUGUGGGAGCUGAGCUACUAAGGAUGGCUUGAGAGUAGUCAAGCCAUGAGCAGAGUCAUCCGUGAGCGCCCUUUGGGCCUGGACUCAGAGCCCUGCUCUCGGGCAUUCUCCCAGGCUCGUGUUUACCUGGAACAGUUUCGAAGCCGAGCCUCUCCGGGAGGCCUUGAUGGGCAUGGAGCUGGGAAGCGUGAUUACCUGGUGGAUGCAGCAAAGCAGAUCCACCUGGCCCUGGAGCGGGAUGUGAGUGAGGACUACGAAGAGGCUUUCAACCACUACAAGAAUGGUGUGGACGUGCUGCUCAGUGGUGUGCAGGUUGACCCCAACAAGGAGCGUCGUGAGGCUGUGAAGAGAAAGAUCACACAGUACCUCAAACGUGCUGAGGAGAUUUUCAACUGCCACCUCCAACGAACCCUGGGGAAUGGGAGCCCCAAUGCCACGGGUUACAGCAGCCUUCGCUUUCGGCCAAUCAGGACACUCAGCUCACCAGUGGAGAACCUGAGGCGCUGUAAGGUUCUGGGAGUGAUUGAAAAGGUGCAGCUAGUUCAGGAUCCAGCCACUGGUGGAACUUUUAUACUUAAGAGCCUCCCCAAGUCCCACGUGGAGACCCGCGAGCAGCAGACAAUCAUUCCACAUGGUGUCCCUUUCAUGGUCAAACUACUGCGCUACUACAUGAGUGAGGAUUCCAUCUUCCUCUACCUGGAGCAUGUGCAGGGUGGGACACUAUGGUCCCAUCUCCGCUCUCGGUCUCAUUUACGGCGAAGUCUCUCCUAUGGCUCUGGUCCCCCACAUCCAAAGCCCAGCUCAGCUCUGGGAAGCUACAGUGGAGAAGGGGUGGUAGGAAACAUUUGGGGGCCUGGCUCUGGGUCCAGCCAAAGCUCUAACCUUGGCCUUGGGAAUGGCACUGACCUCCUGAAGUCUGAGACUCAGGUCCCACUGGAAAACACUGACCAGGCUCCUGCCCAGGAACAGUCACCUGACCCCUCCGACGCAAGAGCAGGGACCCGCCACAUGUUCCAUAUGGGACCUGCCAGUGGCCCCAGGGUUGUCAUGGCAGGGAAGGAUUUAAGUGCAUCAUGCACCCUGCACAGUGACCCCAAUCCUGUUGUCAUGGUGAUGACCAAAGGACACCGUGCCUUGAACAGUCAGGAGUUGGCCUCCCAUCCACAUGACUUGCUAACCAGCAGUGAGGGUGUGAGCAGCCCACUGGAAAGAGAAGCUCCCUGGCAGGAUCCAAAGCUGCUGGCUAGUGGGAGGCUUCCCCAGAUCCCUGCUCAAAACCUGAAGGCUGUGAGAAAUGGCAGCCUGGUGCAGAAAGAGCCUCUGUAUCAGCAAAUGUCUAAUGGGCCCCAGGCUCAGCCCACAUGGUCCCCACGAGCUCCCCCUGGACAGAAACAGGUGCCUGGAACCACCUGGCCCAGCUUCAGUGAGCCCCACAGGCCUGACUCUGGGUGGCAGGAGCCUGUGGGGGGCAUCUCAGGAGUUCAAGAUGGAAAAGGACAACAAAGGGAGAAGCUAGCACCAGCACAGCAGAGACCUGCAGGCUGCUGGGCCUGCCAAGGGGAUAGCCAAAGAGCCUGGGCCGUGAAUGAGGAGCAGGUCCAGCUGUGGGCAGCAGAAAUGCUCCUGGCUCUGGAAGGACUCCACCAGCAGGGUGUACUCUGCCGGGACCUCAAUCCUAGGAACCUACUGCUGGAUGCUGCUGGUCACAUCUGUCUCACUUUCUUUGGGCAAUGGACGGAGGUGGAGCCGCAGUGCUGCAGCCAGGCCCUGGAAGAACUGUAUAGUGCCCCAGAAGUGGGUGGGAUUUCUGAGCUGACUGAGGCCUGCGACUGGUGGAGCUUUGGGUCACUGCUAUAUGAGCUGCUGACUGGAAUGCCACUGUCCCAGUGCCACCUGUCAGGGAUUCAUCCUCACACCCAGCUGCACCUGCCCGAGGGGCUCAGCCUGCCUGCUGCAUCACUGCUCACCGAGCUGCUGCAGUUUGACCCCAAGCGGCGGCUGGGCUCUGGAGGAGGUGGUGUUGCCAAGCUCAAGUCCCACCCCUUUUUCAGCUCUAUCCAGUGGAGCACACUGGUAGGCUAGUUGUCAUCACCCAUGAAGCGGUACACUGAGGAUGUCACCACAGACUUGGAACACAGGGUGGCACUAGGACCUCUGGUCCAUGGGACUUGUGAUCCCAGGCAGUGCCUAGGGGAGGUCCCCUGCUCCUGGGGCUGUUCCUGUGGAGGAGAGUCUGCACUGAGUCUGGUUUUGCAGACUUGAUUAUUCUCCUCUGCCAGCUUCCCUCUGUGUUUCAGUAGUAUCUUCUGGUCUGGUGCCUGAGCUGGGCUGGGGCCUGAGGAUGGUCCUGUAUCCCAUGCCCAUGUCUGUUAUGGAGAGAAUGGGGCAGUAAUGUAACCAGGAGUGGAUGACCAGGCACCAGUCCCAAGCACCCACUUAGAGGAGGCACAAUAAGGCAGCUGCCACUACUGCAGACCAGCCACUGGAGGUGCCACUGCCCAGGGCACAGCUUGGUACUUCUGCCUCUGGGAAGGAGUACUGGCACUGAAGUCAAUAAACCUGGGACCUCAGAGCCUCCUGCCCCCUGGGUAGUGGGCAGGUCCCUCCCUCCACCUGUCCACUGCUAUUUGUGGGGAGCCAGUUUACCAAUGAGACUCUCCAGUUCAUCCAGGGAGCCCAGCUUUGUCCUAUGGGGCAGCCCCUGCCAGUAUCUAGUUCUCCACUGCCCCAUCUGCUCCUGCCUCUGCCUGCCCUCCUCCUGGUGGGUCCACAGCAUCCCAGUGCCCCACUUGUCCCCACUUCCUCUUUGCUGCUGCCUUGCAUUGCCCCUUGUGGCUUUCCUGUUGCAUUUCCAGUGGCCGCUGCUAGAUGGGGCCUGGGGUCCCAUGUUGUGCAUUUCGCUGGCUGCAUGUGCAUUUGUAUCGCCUGCCAUGGCUCUCUGCAGGCACAGGAAGACACUCCUGCUUUUGAGUGCCUCUCUGUGGCUGUCUAACCUCAAUAAACUUGCCUUUGUUCACACAGGCUUGUGAGUCUGAUUUACUGCGGGGGGAAAGACAUGACACCUAGCUCAGAGUCCCAGCCCAGGACAGGAUCCUGGAACUGAAGAUCUGGUCCUGAGUCACACACAUCCUUGAGAAGCUAAGGGCCAGCAGGACCAGGGUUCAUUUCACAGGUGGAAAGUCUCAGGCUUGGCCCUUUCUCUCAUAGGUCACAAGGGGGGCUCCCCUCAUCAAAGACUGGGAUUGGAAAUUGUAAUAGAGUUUGCUUAAUGCUCGGUGCCUGGGACUUUCCUAAUGCUGCCCCUGGCUGUUGCCUGCCUCUGGUGCCUGCUUCUAAUUCAGGCUCUGUAGGACACUGGCUGCAGCUCUGGAGCACAUUCCCUCUGUAAAAAAAAAAAUCGCUACUUCCCUCGCUGGAGGCCCUACCUUUUGUCCCAGACUCCCUACUCAGCUCAACCCUGCUGCUUGCAGCCUUGGCACCAGAUCCAUGGUUUUAUCCCUCCCAAGCAGCAAGCUUCUCUUACACUUGACACCUGUGCUCCCCUUUGGGGGUCCUGCCCUUCCUUCCUACUGGUCCUAGAGCAGAGCUUUCCAAACUUUUCAUGUUGGUGACACACUUUUUAGACAUGCAUCAUUUUGCGACACAGUAAUUCAGUUCCGGGGGAGGGGCCAAGGGAAGCAGACGCGAGUAAGGGAGCUCCGCGGUGCCCUUCCGCAAAAUUUUCUGCAUUUCGUGCGACACACCUACACACUGCCGCCGACACACUAAUGUGUCGCGGCGCACAGUUUGGAAAGCUCUGUCCUAGAGGCUACAGGCAGGAAGAGGUUGAUGGGUGCUUCAUUGUGGGGGUGGGGGGGAAUAGUUUGGGCCUGGACAGGGCCUCAGCUGCUGCUUAAUUUUUGAAAAGUUGGCUGGCACUGUGGAGGGCUUUUAACCACUGCAUAAGUAAAUUCAGUGCAGGAGGGAGCUGACAGGGAGUGGAGUGGCAGGGGCUGUUCCCCUGCUUCCAGUAGCUCAGUCGUGCUCUGCAGCUUUCUCCAUAGUUUGUGCUGAGUGGAGGUAGCCUAGAAUAAAGGGAGAGGAACAGGAGGGCCUGAGCCUGGGCAGCAAGUUACCAUAUGCCCCCUUGGUAGAUGUAUUUGUUCUGCACUGUCCAAGAGCCUGUGUGGCAUUUGGAGAGGGUUGAACCCCUGCUGGGGGUCACAGGCCCAGGGACAGGGGGGUCUUCACUACCAUUAGUUGUUCCUAGCAGCCUACAGAUGGGAGUGAGGGAUAGCAACAGGUGCUGCUGUGGUAAAUGGCAGCUAGUACUGGCUGAGAGCAGAGGCUUGGGCUGGACAAUGGAGCAGGUGCCAUUGUCUCCUACCUUUCAUACAUUUUUUUGUACUAGC